AUGAAGCUCAGAGCAGGACAGACCCAGGGCACCAUCCCUGGGCAGUGUACGGUUCUCCUCCUCCUGCUGCUGCUGCUGUUGGGCCUAGUGGAUGGUGUCCAGCAUGCACUUUCCCCAAGCUCAGCCCAAAGGAACAGAGCCACAGGCCCUGGAGCCUCAGUGGGAAGCAGCAGGCCGAGUCUGUGGACCCUGCCAGGCAGGUUUCUGUUCCAGAUCAUUCCACGGGGAAUAGGUCCCAGGUGCUGGUCCCAUGGGGCUCCACCCGAGCCCCAGUCAUGGCACAUCUUUGGUAGUGGCACCCACCUCACCAUUCUAGGUCAGCCCAAGUCUGACCCCUUGGUCACUCUGUUCCUGCCUCCCCUGAAGAAUCUCCAGGCUAGCAAGGCCACACUGGUGUGUCUGGUGAGAGAAUUCUACCCAGGCACUUUGGCGGUGGGCUGGAAGGUAGACGGAGUCCCUGUCACAAAGGGUGUAGAGACAACGCAGCCCUCCAAACUGACCAACAACAAGUACGUGGCCAGCAGCUACCUGACACUCACGUCUGACCAGUGGACACCCCACAGCAGAUACAGCUGUCAGGUCACGCAUGAAGGGAACACUGUGGAGAAGAGUGGGUCACUCGCUCAAUGCUCUUAG